AUGGCCGAAACGCAAACCGGAAAGCGCGUGAAGUACCUUCAAAGCGACAAUGGGGGUGAAUACAAGUCCGACAAGCUGGCACGAUUCUGCGCGGAACGGGGAAUACAACAAAGGUUCACACCCCCAUAUACUCCUCAGCUAAACGGAGUAGCUGAGAGAAUGAAUCGCACGCUGGUCGAGUGUGCGCGUUGCAUGAUGGAACACGCUGGACUGGGAAAGAGCUACUGGGGUGAAGCAGUGAUGACGGCGAUGUUUCUUCGAAACCGCUGUCCAACACGUGCCAUUCACCAAGACAAGUCUCCAUAUCAAGUGUGGACGAUGAAGAAACCGAUUCUGGCCAACCUUAAAGUGUUUGGAUGCCACGCGUAUGUUCAAGUGCCUCAAGACAAACGCGCGAAGUUCGACUCCAAGUCAUCACUCUGUCGUUUCCUGGGAUACGCCGAACACCAGAAGUCAUAUCGAUUUGAGGAAGUGUCAACAGGAGCGAUCAAGAUCAGUCGCGAUGCCACAUUCAUGGAAGACAAGUUUGAUGAAGGUCCGCGCAACUACAACGAUGAGUCAAGUGUCGUUGAGUUUGAUGAUCAUGAUGAGGACGAAGAAAAAGAAGAAGAGCAACAUCAAGAGACACACGCGCACUCAAUCACUUGA